CUCAACUUGUCCGCCCGCCCUCCCGCCUGCAAUUAAGCACCAUGUCUCCAGACCAAGAAACGCCCGAAGACGCACAGGCGAAGCACAACGCUGACCCCAGUGCUUCGCCAAGUUCCUAUCUUGGUCUUCAACAGCCCGCCGCAUCACCAGGACCGAUGGCCAAAUCUGUCACGAUUGCCCCACAUGCUGAGACCAUGUCCCCUCUGAUACUUGGCAGACAGAAAAGCGUUGAAGACAUCAGAUCUGGUGCUGAUAGUCCCAGGAAACUGUCAGUGAAGCCAAGGUCUCACCGCCUUUCUGGAAGACUUCCAUUCACUUCCAGUCCGGGCCUGAAGCCGCUCCCUACUAAUCUGGACGGAACAAACGGACCCUCCGAGCAUCAGGACGACGGAGAGAAUGAUCACUACGAGCACCUGGUAGACCAAAUCUCCAGCUGGAUCGUGGAGAAGCGAGAAAAGCGACAUCAACGCAAAGCUCGCAAGGCCGCUCGACAGGAGCAGCAGAACCAGGAAGCUCUAGAAGCUGCCAACGAGAUAGAACGCAUUCAGCAGAAGCGUCGCGAUUCCGACGCCUCCGAAGAUUCUGUUGACCUCGACAAGCUCGAGCGCAUCGUGCGACAGAACUUGAGCCUCAGAAAAUCGUCCACUCGGAAAGCCUCCCUGCUCGGAAGUAAAGCAUCGAUUCGUAAAAUCAUGCACGGCCGCAAAAACUCCACCGCUGCGAGUGCCACGGAAACAGAUGCUCAUGACAACGAGCUCCAUGUGCCAACGUGCGAAGUUGUGCUCGAUAAUUCCAAGACGCUCGCAUACUCGGGUGGCGCUUCUGACCUUUCCGACGAAGAAUCUGGCAAUGAGCUCAAACGGAUUGCCUCCCAUCGAGACCAGGAUGCUUGGGCGAAGUUCAAGUUCGAGAUCACCCGUCUUACGCACACCCUGCGAGUCAAAGGGUGGCGCAAAGUGCCUAUGGAGUGGAGUGCUGCCAUCGGAGUUCAACGAUUGAGCGGUGCGCUCACAAACGCCGUGUACGUGGUCUCUCCGCCUGAGGGGUUGCCGCUCGAGAAGCACGAUGAGGAGGGCAAUGUGGUGGGCGUGAAGAAGCCUCCGCCAAAGCUUCUGCUCCGGAUCUACGGGCCGCAGGUCGAGCAUUUGAUCGAUCGCGAGGCAGAGUUGGCGAUCUUACGCCGGCUGGGCAAGAAGCGGAUUGGUCCACGCCUGCUGGGAACGUUCGCCAACGGCCGCUUCGAGGAGUUCUUCCACGCCAAGCCACUGACUCCAGAAGAACUUCGAGACCCGGAUACCAGUCGACAAAUUGCUAAACGUAUGCGCGAGUUGCACGAUGGCAUCGAAUUACUUGAUCAGGAACGCGCAGAGGGUCCAUUUGUCUUUCGCAACUGGGACAAGUGGCUGGCUCGCGUCGAGCAAGUUGUCACGUGGAUGGACCGACAGGUUGAGGCCAUGUCUCCAGACGAAAAGCCAUCGGGCAAUCGUGCAUGGUUGCGCCGUGGCUAUAUCUGUGGAGUGCCUUGGAAUCAGUUCAAAGCUGUCCUCGAGCAGUACCGCGAGUGGCUCACGAAGCAAUACGGGGGUACUAAGCACGUUCACGAGGCGCUCGUCUUUGCCCAUAAUGACACGCAAUACGGCAAUAUCUUGCGUCAGGUGCCCACUGGAGAAAGUCCACUGCUUCUGCCGACAAACACCCACAAGCAGCUGAUUGUGAUUGAUUUUGAAUACUCAAGUGCCAACACGCCAGGCCUAGAAUUCGCCAACCACUUCACCGAGUGGUGCUACAAUUACCAUGACGAGAAGAAGCCAUACGCCAUGCAUUCCAACCUGUACCCCACUCCCGAGGAACAAGAUCGCUUCAUCCGAGCCUACAUUCGACAUCGGCCACAGUACAAUGUCUCGACUCCGAAGCUGACCCCGCAGAGCUCGUUUGUGGACUCGGAGGAUCCCGAACCAGCCAAACGAUCCACCACCAGCAUCUCUGAUUUCAUGCUUGAUGCUCGAACUCCGUCGCAAUCUAAUUUGUUGUCUAAGGAGAACGACGCGCAGAGAGAUGUCGAAGAUGCGGAAGUAAAGCGUCUCAUGGACGAGACCCGAAUGUGGCGACUGGCAAACACGGCGCAAUGGGUGGCUUGGGGCAUCGUACAGGCCAAGAUACCAGGCAUGCCGCUCUUUGACGGGAGUGCACACGCCAGCGAAAGCGAGGGCGAGACUCCAGAGAAGUUGUUGGGGGAACGGGCAGACCAGUAUAAGGAGCUAGUGAAGGAACAGCAGGGCGAAGAGCCGGUCGAGGAGGACGAGGAGUUUGACUAUCUUGGCUAUGCACAGCACCGAGCACUGUUCUUCUGGGGCGAUGCCUUGCAGAUGGGUUUUGUGAAGUCGGAGGAUCUGAAUGAGGCGACCAGGGAGAAGAUCAAGCUGGUGGAGUGCUAGGGUACUGUCUUGGAGGUGCUGACUGGUGUCUGUUCUAGAUAGAGCGCGAAUCCCUUGGACGUGGGCGUAGUGGUCAUGAUCGAGACCAAGAAGCCGAAUUCAAGACGCCGAGGGUUUACUUUAAACAUUAUC